AUGUUCCUGCCGAACCCAAUGGUUUACAUCCAGUUUCACCCGGUAACCUACAUCGUGAAGCUCAACAUUGAGUUGAAAAUGGCUUCCCUUAUCCGCAAGCUUGCGCGGGAUAGCAACAUUAACAACGAAAUUCAUGAGGCAUCAAUGAAUCUGCGAACCCGGUUCAACCCCCAAAGUCACUAUAUCAAGUGUGAUGAUGAGGUAAGAGAAAAGAGGAAUCUGAGGCAUAUGCAGUUCGCCCAGCUACGGCAACAGGGGUUCGAAAGCGAGGACAUGAAAAUCCUGAAGACAACCAGUGUCCGCGUUGUAACAAGUCCAAGACCGAUAAUCUACCUCCGCUGCCACCGCUGCCAAAGGAUGGAAGAUGAGUUGUACACUAGAGCAGAGUUCGGAGACUGUGGCUUGGUCCAAAUGGCAUGA